CCGUCUCCACAACAGGUCUUAGCCUUGAUUUAUUGUCUUCAAUUUGGGACAACCGGUGCUCAUUUAACUGAUUCACCACAUCUUUAGCAGGAUUUUUGUACGCAUUCAUGAAACUUUGAGCCUUUAGAACAGAUGUUUUGUGGUAUUCAGUUUGUCAGUGAGUCAUGAGAUCGCCUGAAGCUCCACUUAAAUCUUUAAAGGACGUCAGGGCAGUUCGGACCAAAAAGCCAAGGGAAGCAUUGUGGUUGUAGCCACCUUGUCCUUGGACUGUGAACCACACGCAAUAUUUACAAAACAGGCCCUGUUUGCAUGGAGAGUACACAAGCCAUUCAUGCUGCAUGAGAUACUUGCUGCUCAUAAAGCGCCGCUUGGUGCCAUGUGUGGAAUAGGGAAAUUUGAACAGGUUUGGAGGAGUCCAUGGGUUUGUGAGCAGCUGAUAUUUGGUGAAAUCAUCAACAGUCUUACCUACAAAUUGGCCAACGUCAUAUGUUUUUUGGUGUGUUUCAGGUACAGGCUCAGGCACCGGCUGAAGAACAGGAGGAGCUUCUACAGAUUCAACAGAUCCUAAGCAAUCAUCGGCUUCCACUUCAACGAGAAGAGAGGAAGAGGAAGGAGAUUUCAAAGGACUGGCGCCGUCAGAAGCAGUUGUUGCUUUGGCCGCUUUUUAUCAGGAGGAUCAAGGUGAUCCAUGUUGGAGAUAAAAGGAAACGAAACAAGGAAGGAAGCUCAAAACUAAAAGAUUCCAACACCCAAACACCCAGAACAAAUCAAAACUUAAAUGGCAGUGCAAGUGCAAAACGCCACACGUCUUGUCGACUGAUCUCUCUUCAAGAAGACACUAAGAAGCGAAGUCCUAGUGGAAGGAGGAGAGCAGCUAACGAGCUAACGACGAGACGAAUGCGCGCCAGGAGCACUGAUGACUCGACUCGGCACGCCUAA